CCAAGACAGCCUCAGGCGCAACCACCAAACCCGUCGCCUCAGCUACAGGCACAAGCCCAGCAUCAUCCGCACCAUCUACAGCAGCAGCAUGCGCAGCCACAGCACAUGCAGCAGCCUGCACCGCAGCCUAGGCAAUCUCCGCCAAAGGCACAACCACAGGACCUUAGACCACCACACGUAGACCUGCAGCAACAGCAGCACGUGCAGCGGCCACACCAUCCGCUGCAACCGCCGCCACCGCAAGGGCACCCCGAUCGGCAGAUGCAGCAGCAACAGCAAUUGCACCCGCAUCAGCAGCGCCCUCCGCCAUACCAUCAGCAGCAGAGGCAGCCGUCACCACAGGUAAACACUGAGCUGCACCCGCAGCUGCAACCCCCGCAGGGGCAGCAACCUAAUGCACACCAUCCGUCACACCCUCAGGGGCAGCAGCCCCAGCAGCAGCCGCAACCCCAACAGCAGCACCCUCACGCGAACCACCAGCACCCUGCGCCGCUGCUGCCGCCUGAGGCGCAUGGCCCGCUGCCUCCUCAGCAGUCGCUACCCCAGCAGCAGCAACCAAACCCACAGCAGCGGGGCCCGUCGCCGCAGAUAGCAACUGAGCAGCAUCGCCCGCUGCCUCCUCAGCAGCCACAACCCCAGCAGCAGCAACCAAACCCACAGCAACGGGGGCCGUCGCCGCAAGUUAGCAGCGAGGUGCAGCACCAACUCCAUCCGCAUGGCCAGCAGCCCCAACAGCAGUACCCUCAGCCGCACCGGCAGCAGCCAAGGCAGCCGUCGCCGCAUGUUAACGGCGAGCCCCAUUGUCUAAUGCCGCCGCAGCCCCAACAGCCGCCACCACAGCUAAAGCAGCCGUCGCCUCAAGCAGCCUCGGAGGCGCAUUGGCAGCAGCAGCCUUUGCACCAGCAUCAACAGCUUCCCCAGCAACAAGGGCCGCAAGCACGCAUGCAACAGCCGCAACAGCCCUACCCAAGCCUGCAGCGAGACCCGCAGCCGCAGUGGUUGCCGCAUCCACAGGCGCCAGCGCAGUCAGUGACACAGGCUGGCCAGCCGCAACGAGCAAACCACCAGCUACCCCUCCAACAUCCCCAGCAAGCCAUGCAGCGUCCUCCGCCACACCCGCAGCAGCAAAUGCAGCACACGCAGCAGCAACAGCCUCCAAAUCCAGUUCAGGCGCACCAGCAGCAGCAGCAUCCUCGCGAUACUCCGCAUUUGGCAAAUCAGCAGCAGCCGCAAGCACAGCACCAACCGGCCGCCUACCCACCGCACCCGCAGCAACACCCGCAGCAACAAAUGCAUUCCAACCAGCAAGGACAGCCUGAACAGCGGCCACCGCACCAGCAGCAACAGCCACCCAUUCCGGCGAAGCCAGCUCCCGUCCAGGGCCGCCCGGCCAGCAUGCGGCCUGUCAGUUGCUCCGCUAUGCUUCUUCUGGAGGAGAAUCGCCGCUUUCUAGUCAAGGUGGGCUACCAUGACGCCCUGAAGGCGGUCUUCAGCCUCAUCACGG